CCUGCCCGUGAGCAAUCUCCCAACUCAUCUCUGCAUGAAGUGACUCGCGUAAGAAACGACAUAUCGAAAUAUCUCGAUUCCGAAGCUCCGAAACUGGCCGACUUCUCGGCAAGUUGCAUCGAUUGAAAAACAAAAUCAACUUGAAAUCAACCGCACUCGAGGUGACGCGAGUGUUCAACAAGGCUUCCACGUGCGUUUAAAAUCCAGAACCGCUUUUUCAAGUCAAGUGUCGGCUGCGUACUGCCUCAACAUAACCUCAGUUCGUUCUCGAAAAGACAUCGGGAACAUUCGAUUAGUGCGACCAGUACCGGUGUCAACAUGUCGCGAAGGAGGUCAAGAUACUUCGUGAACAUUUACUAUGGAAAGGAGCUGGGUUCAAUCGGUGAGCCGCAGGCGAAGGCAUUGGGAUUUAAAAUCUUGCAGUACGUGGUAGAGAAGAUAAGAAAGUCGGAGCCACCGGAAAAGGCCAAUCCGGAGGGAGGGCUCCACACCGGUUCGAACGGAUUGGCGUACACGUUCCUCCACCUGAGCAGGCGAUUCAACUCGAUCGGUGAUUCGUCAAAAGCGACGCAGUAUUUCGAGCUUGCGAAAAAUUACUGGCGAGUUCCAUUGGCAUUGGCUGAGCAGGACGAUGACUCUUAUGACAAGGCGUUCCUAUUGGGCGAUAGCGGUUCUAUUUCCGUUGGAGCGGUCCUGGCAAAGAUGGCGGGCGACGAGAAUCGAGCGUUCUUAUUGGCUGCUCGAUAUCGGAACACUGCAAUGUGCUUCCAACCAAACGAUUCGGAUGAAUUUUUCGUCGGACGCGCCGGAUUCCUAGCCGGCGCUUUAUGGCUGAACCGAGAAUUUGGUGGAGAUCAAAUCAUACACGUGGAAAUCAUGCACGAGAUCGCUAGACAGAUCGUACGAUCAGGAAAGGAUUAUUCAAGAACCAAAGGAUGUCCUUGUCCUUUAAUGUAUUGGUAUUACAGAAAGGAGUAUCUCGGUGCGGCUCACGGGCUCUCCUCGAUUCUUCACAUGUUGAUACAGGUGCCGAAUUUCCUGGACAGUGACCGAGAGGUGGAAAACACGGUGCGUGCAUCGGUGAACUAUUUGUUGAGCCACGAGAAUUUAUCAGGAAAUUAUCCCGCUUCGAUGGACAAGGUGAGUCGAGGCAGAAGAGUCCACGAAGAAGACGAGCUCGUUCAGUGGUGUCACGGAGCCCCAGGCAUCGUGUACUUGAUGGCUGCUGCCUACCUCCGAUGGAAUGACUCCCGAUACCUGGAGACAUGCUUACGUGCCGGCGAAUUAGUCUGGAAGAAGGGUCUGCUCCGAAAGGGACCCGGAAUUUGCCAUGGCGUAGCUGGCGGAGGCUACGUCUUUUUACUUCUCUACAGAUUAACUUCAGAUAACAUGUACUUACAACGAGCCGUCAAGUUCGCAGAGUUCCUGACUUCAGAGGAAUUCCGAAAAGAAGCUCGAACUCCAGACGCCCCUUACUCCCUUUUCGAAGGAUGGGCAGGAACCGCUUGUUUCCUUGCUGAUCUGAUGGAACCCAACAAGGCCGCUUUCCCUUUCAUGGAUGUCUUUCCCUAGCUGAGUUAUUGAACAAUGUCGAGUACAUUUUUAAGUGUAAAGCAUAUUUAUAAAAUCUAUACUCUUAAAGAACUAUCCUCACCUUCAUGGUGUCCGUACAGUAUACUCUUUUAAAUGCGUCUCAUGUAGCAGAAUGAAAGUCAAGCACCUUUUGUCAAGCUUCAGUGUUAUUCGGAGGUGGUUGCAGGAGGGUAUGUGAAUCUAGGCGAUGAAUUUCUAAUCACAUGGGCUUGGAUCAUUUUUUUUUGUAUAACUUAUCGCCAACUGUAUGUGUCCUUUUCACCUGUAUGUUGAGUAUGGAUAUUGGUUACAGGUACAUGACGUCUUUUGCAUCGGUACGAACUGGUCUGGCGCUCGUUCUUGAGCAGAUCCUACGUGGUCGUUUAGGCAGGAAGAGCGAGCAGAGGAGCAGAUCCUGCUACCGAUCUCCUAGCUCCUUCUCCUAGACCGCGAUAUCAGGGUAGCAUGGCGCAGGUAGCAGCAUACGUGCUAGGAACGAGCAGCCAGGUGAAACCGGUUUACCGUUUACCGCGGAACCGAGUCGGUUUCUCUGUGUCGGUACCGUUCAGCCUGAACCUAUACAAACGCUUUACCAGGCCUGCGUCGCCUGCACGAAUCGUCCAUUCCUUCAUUAAAUUAAGAUCAUUGGAACGCCGACUAAAUAUAUUUAUCAAGGCUUCCUGGAGGAUAAAACAUCCGCGUUGCAGGAGAGAUGGAUACGAUAUUCCAGGAAAAAUACCGAUAUACUCAUACACGCAGAAAAAGAAUUUAGUCAUAACGAGAAAUGUAACUUGCAGCAACAAACUUGAAAAUGGACCACUAUAAUUUUGCUAUAUUGAUACAAAUAAUAUACAAAUUUUAUUCAUAGUUCUAGCGACAACAAAUUGUAUAUCGCUCGUUCGUUUGAACAGUUCCAACAAUAUUUUUUUGAUUGUUGCAGUAAAUUCAUCCACUAAUUUUGCAAGCUUCUUUUCUAAAGAAUGCUUUCCAAUGGUUACAUCUAUGAUUCGAUAUAUAAAGUCUGAAUGCGAUUGACCAUUUGUCGACUGAUUUGAGAGCGUCUCUAAGUUAUUGCGUAUUUUGGUUCUGAAAGGUAACUAGUGACGUAACUAACGGAAUUCCGCUGAAAGGUUUACUUCGUUCGACCGUCCGUGUCGAUUCACCUGAAACCUUGAAUUUCUUGGUUUAAUGCUCGUGGACUUGGUCAUUUUAUACUUUAUGCUUAAUGCGACUUUGUUGUGAUUGCGUUUUUUCGCUAUGCCCUUGGUGAUACUCAGCGUUUGUUUAUUUUCAAGGCAAUAAAUGGUACAAUUGCGAAA